GGGGUCAGCGAUGAACAAGCUGCGGCAGAGCCUGAGGCGCAAGAAGCCGGCGUACGUCCCCGAGGCCAGCCGCCCCCACCAAUGGCAAGCGGAUGAGGAGGCCGUGCGCAAAGGGCGCUGCAGCUUCCCUGUGCGGUACUUGGGCCACGCCGAAGUGGAGGAGUCCCGGGGCAUGCAUGUUUGUGAAGAAGCUGUGAAGAAGCUGAAAGCCAGUGGCCGCAAAUCCGUGAAGUCCGUGCUCUGGGUCUCGGCUGACGGACUGCGUGUUGUGGAUGACAAGACCAAGGACCUGAUCGUGGACCAGACGAUCGAGAAGGUUUCGUUCUGCGCCCCGGAUCGCAACUUUGACAAGGCCUUUUCCUACAUCUGCCGAGACGGCACCACACGGCGCUGGAUCUGCCACUGCUUCCUGGCCCUGAAGGAUUCGGGUGAGCGCUUGAGCCACGCUGUGGGCUGCGCCUUCGCCGCCUGCCUGGAGCGCAAGCAGAAGCGGGAGAAGGAGUGUGGCGUGACGGCCUCCUUCGACGCCACCCGCACCAGCUUUGCUCGCGAGGGCUCCUUUCGCCUGCCGGGGCCCGGGGCCUCCACCACACGCCCCUCCGGAGCGCGGCCCCCACAGGACAGAAAGAAAGCGGAAGCGGCAGCGGUGCCCGCGGCCCCUCCCCCGGCCCCGGCCCAGCCCGGCAGCGCUUCCCCGCCCCAGGGGGCCAUGUCGCCGGAGGAGAAGGCUGAGCCGGGGGGCGCCCACGCCAUCCCACGCCGCCACGCCCCCCUGGAGCAGCUGGUGCGGCAGGGCUCCUUCCGAGGGUUCCCCACCCUGAGCCAGAAGAACUCGCCCUUCAAAAGGCAGCUCUCCUUGCGCCUGAACGAGCUGCCCUCCACCCUGCAGCGCAAGGGCCACACGGGCGACGCAGUCAUAGAACUCGACUCGACACCCAACGGGGACUCCGACGGCAUCACCGCCCUCUGCAGCCAGAUCGACGCGUCGCUUGCCCAGCCGGCUGGGGAGCCCCCCAGCGGCGCCCCUCUCAACGGCGCCCUGGCGCAUGCAGCCGCCGCGAUGCCCAUGGAAGGGGGCAGCACAGGCCCCCCCGCCUGGACGGACGCCUCUGCCGGGGUCCCCGUGACGCCCCCCUUCCAGCCCGGGCACAAGCGGACGCCGUCAGAAGCCGAGCGCUGGCUGGAGGAGGUCGCCAAGGCCGCCAAGGCCCAGCAGCAGGUGGCGGUUGCCGUGGCGAUGCCCGCCCCCCUGCCCUCCUUCCCCCUGAGCUACGAUGCAGCCCCCCCGCCCGUGGGCAUGUUUGCCCCCACACUCAUGCAGCCCGCCUUUGUGCCGCUGGGCGCAGCCUACCCCCCCGUGGGGCCCUACGCCGCCCUGCCCAGCGUGCCGGUGGUGGGCAUCACCCCUUCCCAGAUGGUGGCCAACGUCUUCUGCUCCGCCGCCCAGGCGCCCGCCACCUCCCUGGGGGCCAAGGCCAGCGCCUUCCCCCCGAACCUGCUGGGUGCGAGCCGGCCCAAAGCCAACGGGACCACUUGGCCCCCGGAGCAGAGCCAGCCUGCGGCCCCCGCCCCCCGCCAGGAGCCCCCCGACCCUUUCGAAGCGCAGUGGGCAGCCCUGGAGUCCAAGGCUUCUUCCGGCAUGCCCAGCCCCUUCUCCGGCGACCGGCAGAAAACCUUCGAAAUCGAACUGUGACCCCCAUUUCUGCGGCUGGACAAUUUAGACCCCCCCCCCGCCACCUUCCUCGUAAGAGUCUGCUCUGUGGCUCAUUGGCCCCAACGCGCCGCCCCCUCCCUCCCCCCGCUUGGACCCCAGAGAAUGAGCAGACAAGCCCCCCCCCCAAGUCGAAUGUGGUUCCUGUCUGCGAACUUGCCGUAUUCAAGCGUGUGAAGCAGCAGCACUUGUGGGGCUGGGCGAUGCCCCUCCCUGUGGGUCGCAGUGUGAGCAGUGAACGUGUUUUUGGGGGGUGGAGAGAAGAGGGUGCAAUUGGGAACUGCCAUGGUGAGGAGGAGGUCCACAGGCAGCAGCUCUUUGGGCGGCUCCUGGCAGAACAUUCCUCCCUUGGCUGGGACUCGGAACGCAGGGGGUGGGGGUGGGGGUGGCAUGCGGAAGCGAAGAUCUUUCUCUUUCCCUCCCCUCCCCUCCCCCAAUUAGUUUGCUGGGCAAAGCAGGCAAACGGGUCCUUUCACCACAGCCUCCAGCA